GGUUAGAAAAGACAGCGCGAAACCGCUGGCAUGGAAGAGCGGUGCUUCUGGAGCGCCCGCGCCAAUGCCACCAGCGCGUGUGCCAAGACGACGUGGACGGCGUGUGGGUACGAGAGUCUGGUGCUGACGCCCAUUCUCCUCCUCUGCGUCUACUGGCUCGCGUUUGGCGUCUACAUGCUCCGGAAGGACGACUCGACCACCAAGCUCUUGACGUUCGACGUCGCGCGCAUCCACGACCCGGUCGCGCAAGGCAUUGCUAUUGCGCUCGCGCAGCGCCGGCACACGACCGAGAAGCCGUCGCACUUUCAGCACAACAUGAAGCUCUGUGCCAUGUGGGCCGAGUGGCCCGCGCUCUCGUACGCACCGCUCUCCGUCGCGCUCAAAGUCAUUAGCGCCGACGAGCCCAUCAACUCGGUCAUUUUCUCGCUCAACGUCACCAACGAAACCGUCAACGUGGCGGUCGCAUGCACGUGUGCCGUGCUCGUGAGUAGUCUCUGGCUCUACAAGACGUGGCGGCGUACAGACGACCGACUCUUGCGCCGGUUUGCGUACCCCAUCACCUUUGAUGUGCUCUACAUUCCGCUCGCGUCGACGUUUUUGCGCAUGGCGGUCUGUCCGCUGGGCCACGAUCGUGUCGCGCUGCCGGAUGGCUCGACGUGCGACUGCCUCGAUCGCUAUGGUUUCUUCUGGGCGAUCGGGUCUGUCGGUUUCGUGUCCAUCUACUCGUGCGCUAUCUACUACAAGAUGUUUAUCGAGCCGACAGGAUCGACGAUGGACUUUCGAUUCGAAACGAGCUUCCAGAUCAUCAUGGUCAUGGCCCGCACGCUCAACCCACUGCUUUCGAUGCUGGCCAACAGUGUUGGGCUCACGCACCAAGCGGCCCGUGCCGUGCCACUCACCCUCGCCUUUCUCGCGUCGUUGUCCUUCUUGCUGCUCGCGGCGUACAAGACGCAGCCGUGCAUUGGGAGCGGCCGACUGCCCAACAACAUCCGCGUGCUUUCGUUUUCGAGCUCUCUCUAUACCACGUUGUGCGUCCUCGGCUUUCUUGUGGCGGGCGGCCCUCCACAACAUUUGCACUACUCGCUCGGGCUGCUCCCGCUCAUUUGGGUCACUGCGUGGGUCGUCAACAGCCGGCGCGCCGCCAAGUUUCACAUCCCGAGCCUGACGAUUGUCGAGCUCCUGCACGACCGCACGCUGCAAGCCAAGACGGUGGGCGCCAUCGCCGCGUUGCAUGUGAACCCACUCAACAUUCGCGCCAACGACUACGAGGCCAUUAUCGCCAUGGUGCACAAAACGGUCAAAGUUGCUCGACUUCGCGAGCUGCACUGCCGUCUCUACUGCGCGCGCCUUCUCUGGUUUUGCCACAUUGAGAGCUAUCGCCGAGCAGGGACGCGUGUCGGGGAGCCCAAACCCGAGCUUGCACUCGUGCCUGGUCUCUGGUUCAAGGACGCGUCCAAUGACGUACGCACGUCGUCUCGAAAGCUGCUCAAGGCCAAGACGCGCAACGUGUCGGCACAGCUCGCCAAAAUCAAGAUUCGUCACAUCGAGCAUGUCACCGAUCCAACGGCGUCGACAACACCUGUCGACAAGCCGGCCGUGCGUCGGGCCCGGCCGCCGUCGCUCUUCCAGUCGGUCAAGCGCCUCCUCACCGUAACGUCGCCGAUUUCGGCGCGCGCCAUGCAGUAUCGUCGCAGCAUCGUCAGCGUCCCGUCCGUCGUUGACAGCAACGGGUUCUACGUCGUGGCGAUCCGGGACAAAAACUGGAUCGCCAAGCUCGAGGCGCCAGACCCGGCGCUUCAGCAAUUCGACGCCCUCUACCGCGCUGUGCUUGAGAUGCUCGAGCAAAGCUGCACGUUGGACGACCACGAGGCGAUGUUUGAAGCCGCAUCCUUCCUCUUGCAAUGGUACCGGUCGACCUACUUACGCUUGAACAAAACCAUCUACUUGCAUGUGGUCGCGACAUUUUGCGCGCUCCCCGACAUUGCGAGCGCCGCCGACGCCACGUACACGCUCCACCAACUGACCAUCGAGCUACGGACACUGUCCGCCGACCUCUGGCUCGCCAAUGCAUCGGACUUGAACCGAUUUGUGAGCGCGCUUAGCCACCCGAGCUCGAAAACCGUCGCCUGUUGCGCAGAAGUGCUCGCGCACCUCUUGGCCGCGGCCGAGACCAAGUCGUCCGUCAACUUGUACGUGCUCUUGAUGCCAAGCUCGAUUGCGAAGCUCCACGCGGCCUUCUCGAAUUGGCACCGCGACUUCCGCAUCAGCGACAGUCUCGAGCGCGCGUGCACGAGCUUGUACUGUCUCCAGCUUCGCUCGACGCUCGGGAAGCGCACCUCGAUUGGGACGCGGCAGCAGUCGACCACCAAGAUGUUUGUUGCGCUCGUGACGCAGAUGACGUCGGUGGUAGCCCGGCCGAUCGUUGCGAGCCUGAGCCGGGGCAACUCGGUGCAGUUGCGGACCUUGCCGACGAGCAUGGGGCGGCGCAUCUCGUUUGACACCCGCGGUUUGAUGCGCGACGGGUCGACAAGAAGCAUCGUCUCGAAUGCCCACGUGCAACCAGGAGACCUUCCGCGGAGACCGUCGCACGGCGCGAACGAGGUCGUGCCGCCACCGGCGCAGCCCAAGCCCAUGACGUCGCAAGCGCUUUUAGCGCAGUUUGAGGCAUCGCCGAUGCUGGCUCGCCACCGUUCGAUGCGAGAGAGCAUCAAGCCACGUGCGAAGAAGAAGGCGUCGCCCGACCACUGUACCUUUGUGACGCCCGAGAUGCUCGUGGAAAUUCAACGUCGACGCUCGCUGCGGCAACAAAUGCGCGAACUCCUUGAAACCACAUACGCGCGCUUCGAAACGACCUUGCCUCGGACAAUGACCGACAAAGGCCGGCACAACGCCAGUGCGAUUGAUGUCAUGAUCAAUUACACCAAGGUGCUGCAGCUGUACGUCGAGGCCGAGGACUGCGCGAUGGCCGACUAUGUGGCGACCGCGCUCGAUCCAUCGCUGCGCAACUUCUUUCUCACAAAUGUGCAGCCGUUCAUGAGCACGUACCUAGCUCGCGUUCGCGCCUCGCAGCGUCUUCGCGCGUGGUGGCGACGCACCUCUGAUCGAUAGUACUAGUACUAGUAGUUGGUUCCAAGCCACGGUAAAGUAUUUUUCC